AUGGCCCACAACUCGACCAAAGCCAAGGCAGACACCCAACAAUUUCUGACAGACUCUGAUUUCUUCGACAAUGUUGCGCUCUGCGACGUUCAAGUCCACUUCUCAGGCACCUAUAUUCACGCCCACAAGUAUCAACUCGCAAAAUACUCCCCCUGGUUCUUUCAAGCUUUUACCAGCGCAUUCCCUGUGGCCACCAGCAACACUAUCGACCUCGGCUCCGACGACUCCCCUUGCCUAGUCUUCUCCCUACUCCGCCACAUCUACUCCCUCUCCUACCUCGAAAUCCUCUACGACCCCAGCAACCACUUCCCUCAAAUCCCCAGCACAUCAACCUACAACUUCCACCUCUCCUACAACCUCGAAAUCUUUAUCUUGGCGGAUAAAUACGAUGUGCCUUCCUUACGCACUCUCGCCGUUUCUGUAUUCAUGCAAGAACUUCCCAACACUUUGGUCGAUGUGGUAUUGGGAGAUGUGUGUCAGAGGAUCUUUGGGAUUACUAUUCAGAAAGGAGUUGUUCGGUAA